UAUUAUUAUUAUUUUUUCUGUUAUGUUUUGGUGCACGUCCUCCUGUCAGGAGGUCUCUCAUGAAUAGAGGUAGGAGGGAACAUAGAGAGCAGGGAUAAGGCAAGAGAAGCAGCUGUGCCUGUGUCUACUGCAUGCAUGCAUGCAUGCUGCAGACUAAAUAAGAAACCUCCAGUCUUGGAUUAUCUGUCUGGCAGUACACUCGCAGCCUGAGACCCAGAGGCCGCCGCCUUCUCUUUCUCCUCCCUUUCACACUGAAAGAAGAGUAGAGACACUCUACUGUUUGUCUCCUGCAGACUCCAUCCACUCCUGAGUUCUUGUCCAGUGAGAUGAACAAGAUGAAGAACUUCAAGAGGCGUUUCUCACUCUCCGUGCCACGAACAGAGACGAUAGAAGAGAACGAGUUAACGGAACAGAUAAAUCAUUUCAACAUCUGCUGCAAUGACGAUGUGGUGCCAAAUAGUCUUGGUCUACACAGCCUACAACCCAGUCCAGUGGCACCAGACAGUCAGGCCCAGUCUCCUACCCAACUGCAAUACUGUAACAAAGUCCAACAUCGCCGGUUCUCCAUGGAGGAUGUAUCUAAGAGGAUGUCUCUGCCCAUGGAUAUUCGUCUCCCUCCAGAGUUUCUGAAUAAGUUACAGAUGGAGAGUCCUCCACCUUGCAAACCUCUCAGCCGAAUGUCCAGAAGAGCUUCACUGUCAGACAUUGGCUUUGGGAAACUGGAGACUUAUGUGAAGUUGGGCAAACUAGGAGAGGGCACAUAUGCAACGGUAUUCAAGGGUCGCAGCAAACUCACAGAAAACCUGGUGGCCCUGAAAGAAAUUCGUCUCGAGCAUGAGGAGGGGGCCCCGUGCACUGCCAUACGGGAAGUGUCCCUGCUUAAGAACCUGAAACAUGCCAACAUCGUAACACUACAUGACAUCAUCCAUACAGACCGAUGCCUUACCCUGGUCUUUGAGUAUCUGGACAGUGACUUGAAGCAGUACCUCGACAACUGUGGAAACCUAAUGAGCAUGCACAAUGUGAAGAUAUUUAUGUUCCAGCUUCUUCGUGGUUUAUCAUAUUGUCAUAUGAGGAAGAUUCUCCACCGGGACUUGAAGCCUCAGAAUUUGCUCAUUAAUGACAAGGGAGAACUCAAGCUGGCAGACUUUGGUUUAGCCAGAGCAAAAUCAGUCCCAACAAAAACCUAUUCAAAUGAGGUUGUGACCUUGUGGUAUCGACCUCCUGAUGUUCUACUGGGUUCUACAGAGUACUCCACACCAAUUGACAUGUGGGGUGUUGGCUGUAUCUUUUAUGAAAUGGCGACGGGACGUCCCAUGUUUCCUGGGUCAACGGUGAAAGAGGAAUUACACCUGGUAUUUCGGCUUAUGGGCACCCCAACUGAAGAGACUUGGCCGGGAAUCACAGCUACUGAGGAAUUCAAAUCAUACCUGUUUCCUCAGUACCGAGCACAAAUGCUCAUUAAUCAUGUGCCCAGGCUAGACACAGAGGGGAUAGACCUUCUUACAGCUCUGUUACUGUAUGACACCAAACGCAGGAUUUCGGCUGAGUUCUCUCUGAGACACUCUUACUUCUUAAGUCUGGGCGAGAACAUCCACUCUAUACCUGACACUUCGUCAGUGUUUUCACUGAGGGAGAUACAGUUACAGAAGGAUCCAGGACAUAGAAGUUCAGUAUUCCAGCCUCCAGGUCGAGGGAAGAACCGCAGACAAAGCAUAUUCUGAGGAAUGAAUCGUAGAGGUGUACAUGAACAUCAGAUCACCAAAACAAAAUCACUAUAAAGCAAACAGCUCUACAUGGCCUAAUAUGUUACAGAAUUAUUUAUUUCUCACCCCAAAACAUGCAUCGUUAAUAUACACUCCAAAAACAUGGUGCACUAUUGGUUGUGCCUCAAAUAACAGACUGAAUAGAACUAAAUCAACCUCAGUUUCAUUUUGGUUUAGACCAGAAAAUACCUAAUGUUGAACUGAAGUUGAACUGGAUCUAAUGUACCGGUAGUACUUUCAGGUGUUCAGAGUUAUAGAUUUUUUAUUUUUAAGCAUGUGCGUGUUUAGUAAAUGUGCAAGAAACAUGGUAGCUCCAUGUCUUACUUUUCCCAUUGCUUGAAAUUUCCUAAAUUCUUAUUUGUUUUAACUUGUUUUGCCAUAUGUGUCUGAUAAGUAACUACACAAGCUCAUAUUUGUUUAUUUUGCAAGCAGUAGUUCAAUACUAUAAUAUUUAGAAGGGUUGAAAUGUAUUAAAAUGUUAAAUUCCAACAUAAAUAUUUGAGCCAUUGAAUAGAGAACCCUUCUUGAGAAUUUCUUGAAUUUUUUCAUGUUGCCAUUGAACUUUAGAUAUUAAAGGUGCUGUAAGCGAUUUUAGCUGUUUUGCCAAAUUCCGUUAGAUUUAGCCAUUAAAUUAAAGCACCCCCCAUCCCGUCAACCACAUCCACUCUCUCCAAAGGCCCGCCCCUUGACAUGUCAACGUAAUGUCUGAAAUUUCAAGCAUCCAACAUGAUUGAAAGGCAGAGAGCAUUUGUAAUUUAUGGCCACAACCCCGUUUUUUUUUUUUUUUUUUUUUUUUUUAUUUGCUGUUUACAAAGAAAUAGGUGUCUUUGAUUUCUCAACACACCUAUUACAAUGAUAUCUGUGAUUAAAAAUUGCUCACUGCACCUUUAACAUUAUAGUUUCUAUUUUACAAAAUCAUCAAAAGGUGCCUUUUGAAGACCAUAAGAGAUGAAUAUUACGCCUUCAGAAAAUACUAUCUACUUCAAUUUUCUCAAGGAUCUUGGUCCUUUCAAGUAAUCACACAUACUGUUAUUCUUUUGCAGUUUAAGCUAAUUGCUACACCGUAUUUGCACAUGGCAUGCAAGUGUCCUCUUGAAUUUAGACCUAAUGUUGUUCUCCUACUGUACCUUGUAGUUUAAAAAAUAAAGCACUAUGACUCUUUAUUGUAAAUGGCACUGAGCACAUACUAGUUUUGCAGUGGACAAAAUAAAAAGUUUUCAGAAAUGUUCAAGGCCAGAAUGACUGAUGGAGAGAGAGAGAGAGAGAGAGAGGUCAGAGCCAAUUCUUUAAUAUAUUAUGACAACGAUUUAGUUUAACAUGACUGCAGCAGUGGCAGUAAUUUAUGUGUUUUACGGUAAAUGAAAAUAUUUUAAAUACUCUAUUGAAAAGAACUAAUAUAUAAAUAUAUGUAUUUUGACAAGUGUUUUUCUUUAUCCAUUUUUGCCAGAAAAAAAGACGAUGGUAUUAAAUGAUCUUAGGUGAUGUCUAAAUGUUUUAUAAAAGAUUUUGAUUUUUGUAUGAAAUGUGAUAUUAAAUAUUUUGUGUUA